UCCAUCAUUUGGUUCCGGAAGGGUCUGCGCCUGCACGACAACCCGGCGCUGCUGGCGGCGGCGGCCGGCGCCGACCACCUCUGCCCCAUCUUUAUCCUCGAUCCCUGGUUCCUAAAAUCAGACAAGAUUGGCGUGAAUCGGAUUCAGUUCCUGCUGGAAAGCUUAACAGACCUGGAUGCCAGCUUCCGUGCGCGUGGCUCUCGCCUGUUGGUACUGCGCGGCCGGUCGGAGGAGGCGCCAUCUUGCCAAGCCGCCGCUUCUCUCCCCGGCGCCCUGCAGGAGUGGGGCGUGACCCGGCUGUGCUUUGAGCACGACACAGAGCCCUACGCUAAGCGCAGGGACGUUGCUGUGCGGCAGCUGGCAGAGGCGGCAGGGGUGGAGGUCGUGGCCCCCGUCAGCCACACACUCUACGACCCACAGGUGCUGCUGCAGCGCAACGGCGGGCGGGCGCCGCUGACCAUGCAGUCCUUCACCAAGCUAGUGGAUGGAGGUGGGUGCGCGGCAGGAUAUCGCUGCAUCGCUGCACCCUCUUGGCCGCAGGCGGCUGCUUUAGUUUCAUCCUCUGUCGCGGUGCCCAGCCUGACGGACAUUGGGUACCCGCCCACCGGCACCACUCCAUUCAAGGGUGGCGAAAGCGCGGCGCUUGCACGCAUGGCGGACUACCUGUCGGACAAGGGCUGGGUGUGCGCCUUUGAGAAGCCCAAGGGCAACCCCGCCGCCUUUGUGCGCCCCUCCACUACCGUCCUGAGCCCGUACCUCAAGUUUGGGUGCCUCAGCCCGCGCUUGUUCCACGCCAAGCUGCAGCAGAUAUACGCAGAGCGCAACGGCAUGCACACGCAGCCGCCAGUGUCGCUCAGGGGCCAGCUACUGUGGCGGGAGUUCUUCACUCUAUGCGGGGCCGCCAUCCCGAACUUUGAUCGCAUGGCAGGCAACCCCAUCUGCAAACAGAUCCCGUGGGUGGACGACCCUGAGCGCAUUGCGGCCUGGGAGCACAGCCGGACAGGAUACCCCUGGAUUGAUGCCAUCAUGGCGCAGCUGCGGCAGCAGGGCUGGAUGCACCACCUGGCCCGCCACUCGGUGGCUUGUUUCCUCACGCGAGGCGACCUGUGGUGCAGCUGGGAGGCUGGUCAGGCUGUGUUCGACAAGUAUCUCAUAGACGCAGACUGGAGCCUGAAUGCCGCCAACUGGCAGUGGCUCAGCGCCUCGGCUUUCUUCUCCCAGUACUUCCGCGUCUACAGCCCCAUCGCGUUUGGCAAGCAGUAUGACAAGAAUGGCGACUACAUCCGACGCUUCCUGCCCGUGCUCAAGGACAUGCCAGUCAGGUACAUUUACGAGCCAUGGACGGCGCCUCUGUCGGUGCAGCAGGCCGCCGGCUGCGUCGUCGGCAAGGACUACCCACGGCCCAUUGUGGAUCACCAGGCGGCUAUGAAAGAGAACAUGGCCCGCAUGAAAGCGGCCUACGGCGCAUCCAAG